AUGGAAAAUAUUCCGUAUAAUCCAGAAGAACCGGAAUUGUUUGGUCCGAGAAGAAAUCGCACCAGCUCCGAUUCCAGCACCACGAGCAAUUCAGCGAAUUGCUCAUGUACCAAGAGCACCAGCUCCGAUUCCAGCACCACGAGCAAUUCAGCGAAUUGCUCAUGUACCAAGAGCACCAGCUCCGAUUCCAGCACCACGAGCAAUUCAGCGAAUUGCUCAUGUACCAAGAGCACCAGCUCCGAUUCCAGCACCACGAGCAAUUCAGCGAAUUGCUCAUGUACCAAGAGCACCAGCGCCAAUUCCAGCACCACGAGCAUCAGCUCAGCUACCUGUGCUGGUACAAAGAGAAGCUGUACAGCAAGCAUCAGCACCGAUUCCAGCGCCAAGACGUGCUAUUGUGAUUCCUCCACGCAAUCUUCGUGGAACAUCUCGACAAAGGCUUUCAAAAGCAAUGAAAAAGAUGGCAACAGCAUCCUCAAGGAAGAAACACUAGUUUUUUAA